CCUAUAUAAAAAAAUAAUGUAUGGCAAAAGAUUCCCAGCAUAGCCAACCUAAUAACAAAAUAAAUAAUGCAAUGGCAACACAAAGGCGGGAUUGUCAAUUGUGUCAAUUUUCUGUAUUUUCAAAAGUCAAAACUAACCGUGAAACGAAAAUGUAAUUCCGUGGACCGUGGUGUUUUUGUUUUCCAUGUUUCGUUUUAUUCGGUGUUCUUCAUCUGAGCAGUGCGUCGAGUUGAGCAAUUAAGUUCCUCCGUAGUGUUUCAUUUGUGUGAUAUUGUUAUCUUUACGUAUUCUCAUUAAUAAAAGACGUCGAGUUGAAGCAGCGUGCUCCUCCGUCUGCUGUGUCUUUGAGCAAUAUUAUUGAGAUAGAGACUCAUUAUGGAUGGAAAAAGCAGAGUCUGUGAAAUUUGUGGGGUCAGAGAACGACAUAGGCCUGGAUUUUUUGGCAAUUUCCCAAUUGAUGAACAAAGAUGUAGAACCUGGGUUAAAAUUGUUGGUAAAGAAGACCUACUGCACAUACCAAUAGAAAAACUUCGCCAAGUACGUUUUGUGUGUGGUGAUCACUUCAAAGCAAAAGAUUUCAACAAAAAAGGCAAUCGCUUGAAGAAAAGGGCCUACCCUAAGCUGGAGCUUUCUGCACAACCAUUGACUGAGCAUCAAUUAAAAGACUUCCCUCAACAUGUCGCAAGCAAAGCUCCCACAACCAUGGAUGACAGUACUAAAACUCCUGCAAUUGCCUCAUCAUCCAAACUGCAGAACCCAGAGGCAACAACCCAAAUUACAAUGACUUCAUCACCAAUUCCCAUGGAAGCGGUCCCUGCUGCACCCGUGCUAGCUGCAUGUAUCACAACGCCGGCACUCGUCAAAGGUAAUAUUAAUACUUGA